ACCUACUGCCGACCUCGAAUAUAUACAUAUAUACAAACGCAAACUCUUGAUCUACAAAACAACUUUCGACCCCAAGAAGAAGUUCGACUCGACUCUAGAACCACCGCAAACAUGUCCAUGACCAUUGAAGACUGCGCCGCGGAGCGACCCGCCAACCCCCCUCCCUCUGGCCCCACCAACAUCUUCGAGCAACUGAGCCUCAAGGACUACGUGUGCGUGAUAACCGGCGCCUCAGGCGGGAUCGGAUCGGCCAUCGCAGAAGCCUACGCCGAAGCAGGCGCCCACGUCGCCCUCUGGUACAACUCCAAGCCGGCGCCGGCGCAAGCCCUCGCGUCGACGCUAUCCUCGACGCACGGCGUCAAAGCCCAGGCGUAUCAAGUCGAUGUCUCGUCCGCGGAUGCCGUGCAAAAGGGCGUCGAGGACGUCGUCAAGGAGUUUGGCAAACUCGACGUGUUUGUCGCGAAUGCCGGAAAGCCGAGCAGCAAGCCCCUGCUGGAAAUGGAGCUCGAUGAGGUCCGCGACAUGAAUGCCGUCAAUCUGGACAGUGUGGUGUACUGCGCCAAAUUCGCGGGCGCCGUGUUCAAGAAGCAAGGCAAGGGUAACUUCAUCAUCACGAGUAGUAUCUCUGCGCAUAUUGUCAAUGUCCCUGUUGACCAACCGAUCUACAACGCAACAAAAGCAUACAUUUCCCACCUCGGCAAAUCCCUCGCCCGCGAAUGGCGCCAAUUCGCCCGUGUCAACAUCGUCUCCCCGGGAUUCUUCAACACGCCCAUGGGCGCCUCAGACCGCGUCAAGAACGAGGCGAACCGCAUGGCCGUGCUGGGCCGCCAAGGCGAGACGAGCGAGAUCAAGGGUAUCUACUUGUACCUUGCCAGCGAGGCGAGUAGCUACCAGACGGGCAGCGACACCAUCAUCGACGGUGGAUACACGCUGCCGUAA